ACCAGCAGACGCCACUUAUACAACUUCUUGGUUAGACACUCAACAUCAUCAUUGCAUCUAUCAAUUCCAGUCUCCAUCCCAUCCACAGAUUUUCACUCUUCACCAUGAAGUCUUUCACCUUGUCCGGCGUUCUCGCCGCUCUCACUGCCACCGCUGCCGUCCAGGCCCAGACCUACACCCAAGAUGGCCCUUUCAACCUCAAGCUCAAGUCCGACGAUUCCUCCCUCGACGGCAAGUACCUCUAUGCCUGCCACGCCGGCGCCGCCAUUGAGUCGCUGUGCCUUGGCAGCACCGAGAGCCCCGCCGACUCCUCUUCAGCCUCCUUCUAUUACAACUACACCGUCAACGACAACGUUCCUUCCAACUCCGGCCUCUUGAUCUGGAACCUCCCGGUCAACGGCCAAGAUGGUGUCAUCACCGUCUCUUCCCCUCUGUCUUUCAACUACGACCCUGGCUCUAACGUUGCCACGACGCUGUUCGAGCCUUCUACUUCCUCGAGCCUCAAUGUCGCCUUUGACAACGAGGACCAGCUGUUUGUUCCUACCUACAUCGACGACUCCAAGUAUGUUCCGGGCCAAUACCCCCAGAAUACUGGCACCAUCGCCCUCCAGAAUUGGCAGGCAUGCUGGGCGCAAGUUGGAGGAGGCUACUACUACAACGUACUCGCGUGGGUUACUAGCGGCGCGCCGAAGAACCCCACUUGCAAGGCUGUGAAGGUGGCCAAGGUUGCGCAAAUUUCGGAGGAUGACCAUGCCGAGAAGGGUGCUGAGGAACAACAGCCCGAGGGUGACUCCGCCGGAGAGGCUGUUGCCCAGAUCGGCGAUGGUCAGGUGCAGAGUGUUCCUGCGAAUGGGGAUGGGGAGGUUGUUAGCCAGAUUGGGGAUGGACAGAUUCAGAAUGCUCCCGCAGAGGAGAGAGAGGACGAUGACGAGCCUGUUUCUCAGAUUGGCGACGGUCAGGUUCAAAACGACCCUGUGGAGGAAGACACAACUCCUGUCACUCAAAUCGGUGAUGGUCAGGUGCAAAAUGCCCCCGCCGAGGAGGAUCCUGUCCCCGUUGCUCAAAUCGGUGACGGUCAAAUCCAGAAUACCCCUGUCCCUGUCACUCAAAGCAACGAUGGCCAGUUCUAGUACGCUCUCGUCAAGGAAGAGCCCAAGCCUGUUGUCCGGAUUCGGGAUGAUAACGAACGCUGUUCAUGAGGAUGGUUCUCACGCGGAGUUCAACGACGAGUAUACGAACAAGAUUUCAUGGCAAGGAAAAUGACGGAGCCCAAGUAGUUGGUUGACUUGGGCAGAACAUGCAUCAUUAAUCACUAAUGGUUUCUUUUUUUGAAAAGAGUAAUUACAGUCGAAACUCGAUGCUUUGGCGUUGAGAAGAUUCAUAGUUGAUACAUUUCAUUUCCUUCACUUUUUCCUGUGUGUCUCAAUUUGCGUUGACUGUGUAGUGACCAAGAUUUCAUGGUAAGGCCAUAGGCAAAUGUCGGAUUUAAAUUCCUUCUUG